UCUUUUCAUACAAUUUUUUAGAGAAACUCUAACGCGAUUAAAGUCGCGUCUCAAACAUCUCUCCCCUGUCUGCUGUCCUUGAGCCAUCGCAGGAGGCGGCGGUUAAGGUAGGGAGGCUCUGCAGCCUCGCGACAUUUCCAAAUAGGUGGGCGGUGGCGCCAAGGACGCCUUCCUUGGUGUGCUAAUCUGCCGGGAAGAAGCGUUCCUCCUCAUUGCAGGUACGGUUAUGGCUUCUAAGGCUUCUUUUCGCUUCGCUUCUCGGUUAUUCAGUCGGUCGCGUUUCCGUCUUCCGCCUCAUCAUCAAAUCGAAACGGCAGUAUUGGAUUGGUCUCGUCCGUGGACAGCGGCUCCCUUGUUUGAUUCUUUCCAUUUGUCCAGGAAUUCUGCAUGUUCGAGAAAUGGCGCUCGGUUCCUGGCCACCCUUCGUCGCCAACCAGCUCGUCCCCGGACGGUGGACAUCGGGGCCAGAGCUAGGCAGCUCCAGAACCGCCGGUUGUGGACCUAUGCUCUUACUUUCAGCGGCAUUGCUGGAUUUGUCAUAAUAGUCCUCAACAAUUUCCAAGAUCAGAUGAUGUUUUAUUUGACUCCCACAGAUGCUUUGGAUAGAUUUUCUCUGAAUCCUUCGAAGAACAAGUUCAGGCUUGGGGGUUUGGUGCUGGAAGGGAGUGUGGUUCAACCGGCAGAAUCGCCUGAAAUGCAAUUUGUGAUUACCGAUCUCGUGACGGAUAUUUUGGUUAGGUAUCAAGGCUCACUACCUGAUCUUUUCAGAGAGGGUCACUCAGCUGUUGUUGAGGGCUUCAUCCGCCCUUUUGAUGCAGAGAAUAGAGAGGUGGUGCCGUCGAACAAGCCUGCAUUAGAGAAAGCAAGAAAAGGCGAUUGUUACUUUGAUGCUAUAGAGGUUCUAGCCAAACAUGAUGAGAAGUACAUGCCAAAGGAAGUGGCUGCUGCAAUUGAAAGAAACAAGGCUGCAUUGGAGGCAGCUCAUUCUGGAUUAUCAGAUGCUCAACAAAAAGCAAUAUAAUUUAACUACUGAGCUGUGUCGCUCUGACAUUUUUGGUCCCAUUGUAUCCACGUUUCCUUUUUGUAUUAUUCUUAAAUAAUUGGAGUUUUACGCAAGUGAUUCCACAAAGUAAAUCGGAUUUAGAAGCUCAAGCAGCAUUUGAAGCUGCCUUUGAGUUUUUUACCUUUUUGUAUUGAGAUGACUUUUGCCUCUACAAGUCGACUUUCUGAACUUUUCUUGUUUCAUGAGCACCAUACUCUUCUGAUUUUGUGUAUUAUAUUAAAAAACCAUGCUGAAUUAUUGGUUGGAUGCUAAAUGAAGCCAGUGAAUAAUGAAUUUACUUAAAGGAUGUGAAUUGUAGGAUUC